AUGGAGAACUAUUUCAAUGAUAGUGAGAUGUCUUCCAGUAUGAACGAUCAAGUCAAACUCAAUAGCCAAAUUGAUGUUUCAGAUUUUCUCACUGGAGAACCUGAUAAAAAGACUAAGGUCCUGCCGAACCCCCCUAAACCAUCUACUCUUAGGAUAUUCAAAGGCAGAAAAUCUCAUAUCAGCUCUCUGACAAAGUUAACUACCUCUGUUGCUUAUCCUUUUACCCUCGUCAAACCAUUACAAAUUCAAGGACACGUGACUUUGAAGGACAUAAAUCAACGGAUUCAUUCUCAACCAUCAUCAAGACCUAGAAAUGAGGAGGUUGAUAAUCCUUCAAUCAGUUAUCCAACCUCAGCUUUUUCUGGGAAGCCUGUUAUUGGGAAGACUAAGAUUCUCACCGAAGGGGGAAAAGGAAGCAUUACUAUUCUAAGAACCAAAGGCUGA